CCUGAAUACUUCUGUGCAUUGAAAGAGUCGGACCUUUUCCUCCUCUCAAGCUCGAGACAUACGAGCGUUGGCGUGCAGCAUCAAGAGCAAAACCGUCAACUCUCGACAUAUAUAUAUAUACACAGUAUCGGCACCACGUACCCACAUCUCAUCCACCCCGCGUUUACCCCGCCCACCAUGUCAACCCUCAUAAUCCACAAUCUCAAGUCUUCUGCGAUCCACUCGGCAAUCGACCUGCUCACCAACAACCUCAUCAACAUCUCCGACACGACGGGCGAGUUCCUCCUCAAGCUCGACGAUGGCCGCAUAAUCGACACAAAAGGCUGGGACGGCUGGGAGUGGACGCACGGCAUCGGCCUCUACGGCCUCUGGCACUACUACACCCUAACCGGCUCGACGGCCACCAAGUCCAUCAUGCAGGACUGGUUCGCGAAACAGCUCGGCAAAGGAACCACCAAGAACAUCAACACCAUGAGCCCGUUCCUCACGCUCGCGUACCUGUACGAAGACACGGGAGACCGUACAUAUGUACCGUGGCUGGACACGUGGGCCGAGUGGCUCAUGCAUGGGCUCCCAAAGACCAAAUACGGCGGGUUCCAGCACGAGACGUAUAAUUCUUACAACAAGGAUGAGUUGUGGGAUGAUACGCUGAUGAUGAGUGCGCUGCCGUUGGCCAAGAUCGGACUGGUGCUCAACAGACCAGAGUAUGUGGAUGAGGCGCGGAGGCAGUUUAUGCUGCAUUGCCAGUACCUGUUCGACACAUCCACUGGGCUGUUCUACCACGGUUGGAAGUGGGAGGACAGAGGGGAUGGAAGCGUGGGGCACAACUUUGCGAACGCGAGGUGGGCGAGAGGGAAUUCGUGGUUGACGAUUGCGAUUCCGGAUUUCGUCGAGCUGCUGCAGAUGAAGGAAGGAGACCCGCUGCGCAUGUUCCUGCUGGGCAUUCUCGAGUCGCAGUGCAAAGCGUUGGUGAAGUUGCAGGCAGAGAAUGGCAUGUGGCGCACGUUACUGGAUAUUCCAGCCAGCGAGGGGAGCUACGAGGAAGCGUCUGCAACGGCUGGGUUUGCGUAUGGCAUGUUGAAGGCAGUGAGGAAGAGGUAUAUUGUAGGCGACGAGUAUGUGCAAAGUGCGGUCAAGGCGAUCAAAGCUGUGCUGGGGAAUAUCAACAAGGAAGGGGAGUUGUUGGAUGUGAGUUUUGGAACGGCCAUGGGGCAUGAUUUGCAGCAUUACAAGGACAUCAAACGGACAAGCAUGCCAUAUGGGCAAGCCAUGGCCAUCAUGGCACUGGGAGAGUUCCUGAGGACAUUCAUAUAGAUUUCUAGAUUUGAUGAC